UCGAUCGUUUUUCAAAAACAAUCCCGGGAAAAUAGCAUCUCAAACUAAUCGUUUUUAGUUAGCUACUACAACUAAAACAAGGAACAUGGUUCAGGAGUUUCAUGUCUUAAGAUGCUGUUCUUGCCAAACCUACCAAGUGCAACAGGUUAAAAAGAGCAAAAAAUGGAACUGCAAGCUGUGUGGGGAAAAGCAGUCGGUCAUCAAGGUGUUUGGGCGUGGCUCUGGAGUGGAUUGCAGACGUCAUGUUCAGAAGCUCAAUGCCAGGCGUGGAGAGAUACUUGAAGAGCAGGACCAGAAAGCCUGGUCACGAUGGGAGGAGGUGGACGAUGUGGCUGAAGAAGAGGUGGUAGACAAAGCUCAGGAGUGUUGUGACCAGAAUGCAGAAGAGGCUAAUGGGAGUCGCUGGAGUAAAUACCUGCAGACGAGCGACGAAGGGGCGGGCCAAGAAGAGGCUGAGGAAGAGGAGAAUGUUUACAUGGACAGAAAGCAUCUCCAAGGCAACAUACAUGUCAGAAAGAGGAAGCGAGGUAGAGGAGAGAAUGAGGGGAGUGGAUAUCACAGUGGAGAAGAGGACACCAUGCCUCCUACACAAGGCUGGAGGACGAAAGGGAAGUCGGCUAAUCCGCCACAACACAACAGACACCCCAGCUCAUUGGCGUCUGUACAAUGGUCUCCCAAACAGUCAGCUCCCUGCAGACCACCAGUCCCAGCUUACAGCAAACCCCCUACUGUAAUUGAACCACCCUCAACUACCAGCAGCAAACCCUCUUCAACCUCAGCCCCCUACAGAGCCAAUACAGCGAGGACCUCACAACCUUCUGGAUCCUCGGGUACUGCGGUGUCACAGACCUCCAAAUGGGCCCAGUUUCUAACUUCUGCCCCUCCUGAGGAAGAUGAGACCAACUGGAGUGGGAGUACAAUGCAGAUGGAUGAGUUCCAAACCACUGGUUCAAUGUUCUCAAAUGUGGUGAUCAAACACCAGAACUAUACAAAAGCCCCUAUAGGACAACUGGGCUGUAGUGGUAUUUCCAUAUUGGGUGGGGAUAGUGGUUUUCUGGGGCAGCGCACAGGGAAGACAUUUGAUAGGCUGAAGUCAACUAUCACUCAUUGUGGAUUUGGGGAGGCAGCCAAUAGCGAAGGAGGUCCUGCCCAUAUGGCAUUACCUGAGAGCGAAGCACCAGUCUGUCAUCAGCCCCCGCCCACCAAGCGCCCAUGCCCCGACCUCUCUCUGGUGACCCUGUUCUACACGGAUGACGACUUUGAUGACACAUUUUAAAAGUCAUGUAAUGGUUGCUUUUUUUUUUUUGUAAAUGCAGAAGUACAUCUAAAUACUAAGUGGCCUAGUAGUCUACUCUGUAAACAAGUCUGAAUGUUUUGUAAUGAAGAUUUUCAACUAAUUAAUCUCUGGAUUUUGUCUAAUAGU